CUCUCUUUUUGCUCUCGGUCUACUCUCUCUGUUAUCUUGUUCUUUUUUCUAUCAUCUCUGACACUGACUGACCAGACCGAAAACGUUUCCGACCUCCUCGCCUCCGCCCUCUGCUGCAUCCUUAAGUCUCUCUCCACAGCAUCGUCUCACCCAAGCCCAACCCUACUCGGACCCGGAUCCCCAACUCUCCGCCCCGAUAUCUGCCUCGAGAAGGGGACCGUUCUGAAAUGGAGAGCCAAGUUUCGAUUCAUAGGGAAGACACCGUCGCUGGUGACGGCCGGAUUUGAUUCCGUCUUCAUCGGUGGGCUGAAGGUGAGGGUGGUAUGGACUAUCAGCGCCCUGAUUGCUUGUAUCGUCUCUAGUCUUGGAUUUGCAGGGAAAUGCUCAGGUUAUCAAGAGAAGAUUUUUUUACCCUUUUUUUUUUUUUUUACAAUCAACAAUCGGAAAUGCUGAGUAUAGAAGGAGGGGGGAAGAGAGAGAGAGAGAGAGAGAAGAUGAGAAGAGGACAGAGAGAUUUAUUUAAAUUUUCCAAGAACAGAUGAGAGAGAAGUGCUGAGGUUCUCAAUUGGAGAGAAAAAAAGUUAAACAAAGAGGCAAAGACAUUAUGUCAGGCUUGUUGUAGUCUUGUAGACCCUUGGAUCUACUAAUAGACUCCUUCAAAGCUUAGGUAGCUCAGCAGAGAACUUAGCUUAGGAGAGGAUCCUCUCCCGAGAAGCCGAGAAAGAGAGCAUCUUGUGCUGCAUUGGUGUUCGUGCUACCGAAGAAUAGAGGGUUCAAUGUCUCAGAAAAGCGAAUCCUCGUUGGAGAACUUGGAAUCUGAAGGAAUGAUUCCCCAUCUUCCUCAGGAGAUCAGACUAAACAUCUUGUUUAGGCUACCAGUAGAGGGCUUGAUCAGAUGCACCUCUGUGCGCAAGUCUUGGAGAACAGUGAUAAAAGACCAGAGCUUCAUCGGAGACUAUAACAGCUGUGCAAAGAAUUCUGCUAUCGAGAAUGGUACUCAACUGUUAUUGGUCCAUGGUACUGCUUUUACCUUUGAGGUCGAAAGGGGAAUCGUUUCCGGUGCAUUAUUAGGACAUGAAGUUUACUCCUUGCACUAUGAUGACCCCACUUUUCUUGAGCACAGCAGGAUUCGAGUUCCAGUUGUUCCUAGGUGGAAUAUAUGUUUUCGUGUUGCUGGCAUUUGUGAUGGCAUAGUUUUGCUUGCAGAUGAUGUACCUAUAUACGGUUACAACUUCAUAUUAUGCAAUCCAUUCCUAAGAAAGUCGGUUAUCCUUCCCCAUCCUAAUGUUACCUUCGAGACUCAUGGUCUCUAUGAAGCUUCUGUUGGGUUUGGUCAUGAUGCUAUGAAAAAUGACUAUAAGGUUGUGAUGCUUGCCAGUCUUUUGGAUGAAUUACCGGGUAGUGAAAGUCGAACUGUUGUUGAGGUUUAUUCACUUGUUGCACACUCUUGGAAGGACCCUCAAAUUGCUCCUCUAAUUAGAAUUGAGGGACGUGCACGCGCUGCUUUUUUUGAUGGUGCUCUUCAUUGGCCAGCAUCGCGGAGGGAAAAUAACAAUUGUUGCAAUUUUAUUUUGGUAUUUGAUGUCAGCACUGAAUCAUUUCGCCCAGAGAUAAUGAUGCCAGAGAGUGUAAGAACACUCGUGGAAGUCAAGUCUUUGGAAUUGUCUCUUUCGAGUGAUCAGAAAUCCAUUGCUUUAUUCGUUGAAGACGCUGAUGUUCUUCAGGUUUGGGUAUUGAAUGAUUAUGGCAGGCCUGAGUCCUGGACCCUAUUGAUGCAAGAAGCACCAUUUACUUCAUUAUGUUUCAUGAGAAGUGGUGAAUUAUUACUUGCUGAUGAUCUGGAAGGGUACUAUGGAUUACUUUCACAAAAACCUGUGUCCCGAGAACGUAGAAGACUUGAGGUUACUGGAUAUGGGGACUACACUGUGGAUUCUUAUGGUCAGACCCUCCAAUUACUCAACGAGGAGAAUGCAAGAUCCUACUGAUGGAAGGAACAGGGUUUUUUGCUUUUUGUGCUGUUUUUCUUGUUCUUGAUGCUGCAAAUGGGAAAACUCAUCACCACAAAUUUGUGGUAAAAUCGUCUUCUUAUAGUCGACUAUGUAGUAGCAAGGACAUCUUGACUGUGAAUGGGAGAUACCCAGGGCCAACUUUGAAAGCUCACAAAAGGGAUGAAUUGGUUAUUGAAGUCCAUAGCAAGGCAAACUAUAAUAUCACUCUUCACUGGCACGGAGACAAGUAAGAAAUCCUUGGUCGGACGGACCAGAGUAUAUCACACAAUGCCCUAUAUAGCCAGGAAACAAGUACACCUAUAGAAUUGUGUUACUACAGAAGAAGGAAGACUAUUAAGGCAUGCACAUAGUGGAUGGGCAAGAGCAACGGUUCAUGGAGCCAUUUUUGUUCAUCCCUAACCUUGAUCAAGCUAUCCUUUUCUGAAACCUUAUGUUGAGCUCCCAAUCAUACUAGGUGAGUGGUGGAAGAGAGAUGUCAUGGAGAUACCAAGUAAAUGCAAAUUUAACAUGAGGAGAACCUAUACUCUCAGAUGUAUACUAUAAAUGGAGAACCAGGCCAAAAAAUGGGACCUCUAAUAUGCCAGUUGGACGUGGAAAAA